AUGCUUCCUGCGCUCGAUAUGCUAUGGGAUAUCUUUGGGGACUAUAUUGCCCAAGAUGAACCAUCAAGGCUACGCACAGUUGUCCGCAUUUUCGAAAACUCAUACCAACAAGUCCCCGGCAGAUUGGCCAUGAACGUUGGUGAGCUGUGCCAAUGGAUCAGCGGCAAGAAUGUCAGGUGGGAAACCAUCGGUAGUGUCUUACAGAUUGCUACUAUGGGCUUGAUUCAUACCCCCGAGCGUGAUGCUACCCUUAUUGAUCCCCAACAGAGAAACAAGGAUGAGGUUCUUGCUCAAAUGCUCGAGGUCAUAGAUCAACUACUACCACUUAGCAAUGCACUGCCUGCUGUCAAUCAGCUCAUGGUUUGCCUGAAAUAUUAUCAGAUGAUGCUUGCCUCUCAAAGAUUCGGUGACUCAAGUAUGGAGUUGUCAAGGGUUCUGUUUAUGGCUAGAGCAAUACUGAUAUUUCGUGUAGGUCGUUGGUUGUACUCGUCCCUAGGGGAACUCUCUUCAUGCGUUUACGCCACGGGAAUCCACCAGUACGAUAUACCUACGGGACGUUAUCCGGGGUUUAUUGACUUGUGGCGCAGGAGGUGCUUCGCCGUCGUGUAUUCCAUAGACAAAACUAUUGCCACAAUACUAGGGCGACCACCCUCACUGACCCGACAUUAUUGUGUCUUGAAGCCGCCACUAGACAUUGAUGAUGACAUAGAUACUUCGAACUACGAGCAGAGUCUCCAAAUGCUAGAUAGCAAUGGGUGGAAUACCGACGGAAAACGACGCCCGUCUACUACCGUUCGUCUUCGGUUCCUUCUGGCGACAAUUCGAGAGGAGAUUCUUGAGCUACACUUGGGGGUUAACUAUGUCGACAUUGAGGGGAAAACAAGGUAUAGCCUAAAUAGCAGGACCCGUAACAUUACUCGAGCUAAUAUGUUUAUAGCAAUAUCUUGCAAAACCUUCAUUCAAUUUGGGAUACGUGCCCGAGCCAUAUGA